GCCCGGGGGGUCCAGCUUGUGUUGCUAAAGAGCCGUUCCGACAAAAAAAAAUCCAUUGAUAAGCCUGAAGCCUGCCCCUUCUGUCCCUCCCUCCCAUGUUGGUCUGCCAGACUUCCUGCUCAUCUUCAUCCGGCCUGACAGCAUUCUGGAGGUUGCUCCCAGGGCCAUUCCUUCUGGAUUGCUUCUAGCUUUUGCUUUCUCCCUCAGACGCCGUCACCGACGUCAACCCAUCAUGGUAGCACCCGAUAUUAGUCAUAAAGAGGACAUCGCAAGCAGCUCAAACAUGGCCACCGACCCGACCACCCAACCGCGGCAAGAUGCGGAACCUGACAAGGUUGAGCGUGCCAUGUCCGCCGACGAGGUCGAGUUCGCCAAGGAACACCAGAACUUCUCCAAGGUCGACAAGGAGCUCGCUCAAUAUGUCUCAGACGUGCGCAUCGAAAUCUCACCCGAGAAGAAUGCCCAGUUGCUCAAGAUGAUCGACAAGCGGGUUCUCUCGGUCAUGGUUGCGACUUACUUCCUCCAGGCCAUUGACAAGGGCACCCUGAGCUUCGCUUCGAUCAUGGGCAUCCGAGAAGACACCAACCUGACCGGCCAGGACUACUCGUGGCUGACGACUUGUAUUUAUAUCACAAUUCUGGUCGUCGAGUACCCUCAGAACUGGGCCAUCGCUCGAGUGCCCAUCGCCAAGUACCUCAGCUUCAGUAUCGUUGCCUGGGGUGUGGUGCUAGCCUGCACGGCUGCUUGCCACAACUUCCUAGGUCUUGUCAUUGUCCGCACGCUGCUCGGCCUGUUCGAGUCCGCCUGCCAGCCCGCAUUCGUCGUCUUGUCGUCCAUAUGGUACCGGAGGGAGGAACAGGCUGCCCGCGUUACCUAUUGGUACAUGAUGAAUGGAGCACAGCAAAUUGUUGGUGGUCUUCUCGCCUACUGUUUUUCACUCAUCACUUCAGGCCCCCUCAAGUCGUGGCAGUGGCUGUUCAUGAUCUACGGUAUCAUCUCAAUCGUCUUCGGGAUCUUUGUCGGGUGCUAUAUGCCUGACAGCCCGAUGCGCGCGAAGUGCUUCUCAGAAGAAGACAAGCACCUCCUGGUAGAGCGCGUGCGAGACAACCAGACUGGUGUGCAGAACCGCGUGUUCAAGAUGGACCAGCUCGUCGAGGCCUUCCUAGACCCACAGGUAUGGGGAUAUUCCGCCAUUGCCCUCACCACCACGCUUCCCACGUCCGGACUUGGUGCGUUCCAGGGCAUUAUCAUCAAGAGCUUUGGUUUCAGCACGCUGCAGACUCAGCUUCUGGCCAUGGUGCUGGGCUUCUACAUUAUAAUGAUCCUCCUUGGAUCACUGUGGCUUGUGAAAAAGACGGGGCAGAACUUGCUCGUCAUGCUCGGCUUCGUUCUACCAUGCUUCGCGGGAACUAUCUGCUUGAUGAUUGUUCCCCUGGAAACCUUUUCCCAGCACGUUGGGCUACUGAUUUGCUACUACAUCACUUUCUCCUUCUGGAGUGCCCAGACCUUAUCGCUGUCCAUGAUAUCCCGUAACGUGGCCGGGCAAACCAAGAAGUCAGUUGCCAUUGCCCUCAACUUUAUCAUCUGGGCUGUUGGAAAUGCAAUCGGACCUCAGGUCUUUCUGGCCUGGGACGGCCCUCGCUAUUUCAUCGCCUUUGCUACUCAUCUCGGUUGCUACGGUCUGCUGGCUAUAGACAUUGUCCUCUUGCGCUGGUACCUCGUUGCGCAGAACAAGAAGCGUGACCGGCUUGCUGCCGAGGGCGUUCAGGAGGCACGUGAUGAGGGAUUUGUGCAUGCCUUUGAGGAUAUCACGGACAAGAAGAACCCCAACUUCAGAUAUGUCUACUAGAAAAGGGGUUCACGCUGCAAAACAGUCCGGCGCACACCCAAAUGUUGUAUAUUCAAAGCUUAAUCCCCACCCAGGCUUGCAAAUUUGGGAUUGUUUCCGGGCGCCAGGUGGACGGAGGCAUUCACAAUUAUCU